ACACUACAUUACCCAGAAUGCUCGUGUAACCGUGAAGCGGAAGUAAACUGGUUUAUUUUCUCAGCUGUAGGUGCUUUAGACUCCGCCCACAGCGGCAAUGACGUCAUCCAGCAUGGCGGCGCGUCUCCUGCUGCAGCUCGGCCGGUCGAGUCGUGCACGUUUGUCCGCUGGUGUUCCUCCUGCUGCCGGUGUGCAGCUCGUACAGACACGGGGGAGGAGAUCAGACCGAGAACAUGGACCUGAGCUGGAACUCCAGCUGAGCCGCCUGCAUGUGGACGCGCUGCUGCGCACUAAUGAGCAGUUUGUACGAGUUCCGGAGUUUGAUGGACGCGGAGGUCUGAGUCCGGUGUUGAAGUUCGAAAGCAACCAGCUCGCUGCUAAUUGUCCUCUAGAGGACCGGCGCAGCAGCGCCACCUGCCUGCGGACGCGGGGGCUGCUGUUUGGCGUGUUUGAUGGUCACGGUGGUCACGCCAAUGCUCAGGUGGUCAGUGAGCGUCUGCCUUAUUAUGUCGCUGUAGCGAUGAUGUCAGAGUCCAGCCUGGAGGAUCUGGAGGCUUCCAUGGAGAUGUUGCGGCCAGUACCACCCAUUCUGCAGUGGUACAGACACCACAAUGACCACGUAUACCGAGAGUCUGCUGCUCUUUACAUCAAUCACUUACGUGUUUUCUGGCAGGAGCUGCUCGCCAGCGAAGAGCACGGAGAUGGAAUGAACCCCAGCGACGCCCUCCGCUAUGCUUUCCAGCGCCUAGACGCGGAUCUUUCGCUGGAGGCUCAAGUCCCUCUGGCGAGUGAUCUCAUGCGGAACACGGCGGUACAGGCGGCUUUUGCAGGGUGCACGGCUUGUCUCGCUCAUAUAGGACCCAAAGGAAUUUAUGUAGCGAACGCUGGAGACUGUCGAGCCGUGCUCGGAGUUCAGGAAAGCGACGGGAGCUGGAGCGCGCUGCCUCUUUCACAGGACCACAACACAACCAACUCAGCUGAAGUGGAGCGAGUACUCUCUCAGCAUCCAUCUAGUGAGCGCCAGACGGUCAUCAUGGACGACAGGCUGCUCGGCGUGUUGAUGCCCCUGCGAGCUUUUGGAGACGUUCGGUUUAAAUGGAGUCGUGAGCUGCAGCAGAGUGUGUUAGAAAAUGGAGGCUGUGACUCAGAGGCACUAAAUAUUUAUCAAUACACACCACCUAAUUACCUCACGCCACCGUACCUUGAGGCCACACCUGAGGUCACUUAUCACCGUCUGCGCCCUCAGGACCGCUUCCUGAUCCUGGCGUCGGACGGGUUGUGGGAUGAAAUGGACAACGAGGAGGCGGUCCGGCUGGUGGCAGAACAUUUAACCGGCUUCCACCUGCAGGCUCCUGUCUCGGUCAGCCAGCAAAAGUUCAGCCUGGGACAGAUGCACCAGCUGCUGCUACAGCGCCAGGCUCGUGCCACGCCAGCACUCGACCUCAAUGCAGCUACACAUCUGAUUCGCCACGCUCUCGGUACAAACGAGUAUGGAGAGAUGGACCAGGAGAGACUAGCAGCCAUGUUGGCGCUCCCAGAUGACCUGGCACGCAUGUACCGUGAUGACAUCACCGUCACUGUGAUCUAUUUUAACUCUAGUCUCAACAAAACUUCACGGAACCCUUUGUGACGGGUCUCUAUAUAAAACUGACCUGUAAUCAGCCCUCUAUCUCUGACAAACCCUGAGGUGUUCAGUCCGGUGUUCGAUGGAUGAAGUUUAAAUAUAUAAUUAAAAGUUGGAUGUAGAAACAAGUUUUAAUAUUUAUAUUGUUCUGAAGAUCAACAUUUGUGACAAUGGAGUUUCACAAGCCUGUGUGCAGAGAUUAUUGUCUUUAUACUUUUACAUUUUCUGAUAAAAAAUAAAGAAAUGAAAUCUGUUCUUAACUGUAAGUGAACCUCGUCACCUGGUUUACGAGUGUCCGCUUGUAUAUAAGCAGUAGCUCAAACCUGUAAAGAUGCUUUUUUUAAGACAAUGUGACUUAUCUAAUCUCGGCUACACAAAAACUACAAAAAUAUGGACUCCUAAUGUUGAUAUAUUGUGAGUUCUGUAUCAUUAGUGAUGUAAAACUGAUCAUCAGCAGGUGUGGAGCCACGCGGUAGCUUUUUAUCUGUUUCGUUUUAUUCCAAAUGAAUCCAAAUAAUUCCUUAUUGCACAUGGACAUUAAAGCCAAUCUUUCUUUCAUGCAGUUUCCUGUUGUGAACAAAUGAGUUUGGAUUUUGUGCCGAUUAACAUUUAUUUCUUUUUAAAAAACCUUCCUUAUGUUGUGCCUUACGUUGUGCUUCACCAGUGGAAACGAAGCUGAAUAAACCUGAUCUUAAAUAAAUCUUAUUAAGAACUGUUCACACUCA